AUGAGUAGCAACGAUUCAUUAAAUGAAACAUGUUCCAAUGAUAACAAUAAGGAAAAUGCUCCGAAUUCGGAUGGUAAUAACUUAAAUGAAGACAAAGAUAAUGCAAAUAAUGAAAAUUCAGGAGCUAUAAAUAUUAAUAAUUCAGAACAAAUUAAUAAUAAUGGACGAUUAAAUAGUGCUGGAAACAGCAAAUGGAGCUAUGAUAUACCUCCCCCUCCAGAUUCAAAUCAAUACCCUAACGAAAAUAAUAGCAAUGAUGAUAGUAAUAAAAAUAAUCCAAUAAAUUCACAAAAUAAUCCCAUAUUUACAAACACAAAUUAUAAUAAUAAAAUGAUGAACAAUGUAAAGGGUGCAUAUAAUUCGUACCCUCAAAAUAUGAAUACCCCAAUGAAUAUGUUUCCCAAUGCAGAUGGGAUGACAAAUAAUUUACCAUUAGCAAUGUAUCAAAAUGCCCAUAAUAUGUUAUAUAAUCCUAUGAAUUAUAUGAAUAGUAAAACUUAUUUAAAACUUUUGAAAUAUAACAAAGUAAUAACAGCGGAUCCUAAUAUCCCACCCAAUGAAACAUUAUAUAUAAAAAAUUUAAAUGAUAAAAUAAAAUGUGAAGAUAUGAAAAAAAGUUUAAAAAAUAUUUUUAAUCAAUAUGGCCUAAUUGAAGAUAUAAUUGUUAUGAAAUCUUUUUGGAGAAAAGGCCAAGCUUGGAUUGUAUAUGAUACCAUCGAAAGUUCAACUAAAGCUUUAAAUGCAUUGCAAGGUUUUGUUUUAUUCGGAAAGAUUAUGCAAAUAAAUUAUUCACAUAAUAAAAGUGAUGUGCAUACAAAAAGAAAUGGCACUUUUGUAGAAAGAUCAAAAGAACCAAAAAAACCGAAACAAAUUAUUGAAAGAGAAAAAAAACAAAAAGAAAUUUUUGAAAAAAUGCAACAAAAUUAUUUUGAAAUGCAAAUAAACCAUAUUAAAGCUAUGCAUAAUGAGGGAUUGGAAAGAAAUAAAAAUUUUGAUUUAAGUCAAAUGGAUAAAGAAACAUUAAUAGCCCGAGCUCAGCAAAAAGCAAACGAAGAAAAAAAACGCAAAAAAGGUGAAGAUCCCUUACAAAAUAAUACUAAUUACAAUAUUCCUAAUAUUCAUCCCCCCCAAUUUUAUGCUAUGAAUAACUUUGCACCAAUUCAAAACAAUCCUGUAAUUCCAUAUAAAAUAUUAUUUGUUGAAAAUGUUGAUGAAAAUGUUAAUACUGAAGCUUUUAAUGAUAUAUUUAAAGCUUUUUCAGGAUUUGUUGAAGCCAGAAUUAUUCCACAGAGAAAUGUUGCAUUUGUUGAUUACACAGACGAAUCUUCUGCAACAUCCGCAAUGAAAGCCUUGCAAAAUUACGAAUUACAAGGAUCUAAGUUAAAAAUAUCAUAUGCGAAACGAUAA